UCUCUGACAAACUCAUGUAGACUUCACCUCCGCAACAUCUCCAAGAUACGUCCAUUCCUAACCCCGGAAACUACUAAGCAACUCAUUCACUCCCUCAUUAUAUCACGCCUCGACUACUGUAACUCCCUCCUCACUGGCCUCCCUCACCGCAGGCUAUCCCCUCUUCAGUCUAUCCUGAAUACUGCGGCCAGACUCAUCCACCUUACUAACCGUUCUGUAUCUGCCAUCCCUCUCUGCCAAUCCCUCCACUGGCCUCCACUCAGUAUCCUCCACCCCUCUCUGCCAAUCCCUCUACUGGCCUCCACUCAGUGUCCUCCACCCCUCUCUGCCAAUCACUCCACUGACCUCUAUUCAGUUGUCCUCCACCCCUCUCUGCCAAUCCCUCCACUGGCCUCCACUCAGUGUCCUUCACCCUCUCUGCCAAUCCCUCCACUGGCCUCCACUCAGUGUCCUCCACCCCUCUCUGCCAAUCCCUCCACUAGCCUCCACUCAGUGUCCUCCAUCCCUCUCUGCCAAUCCCUCCACUGGCUUCUGAUUGCCCAACACAAAAAAUUCAAAUGACUAACAUUGACGUACGAAGCUGUCCAUAACACUGCCCCAAACUACCUCACCGACCUGAUAUCCAUCUGCCACCCAGAAACGUACUUUCCGCUCCUCACAAGACCUCCUACUCUCUAGUUCCCUGGUCUUCUCCUCCCAUGCCUGUAUCCAGGACUUCUCCAGAGCUUCCCCCAUCCUCUGGAAGUCACUACCCCAAUCCAUCAGGCUGUCACCUACUCUCCUCACCUUUAGGCACACCCUGAAAACCCAUCUCUUUAGGGAAGCCUACCCCGUCCUCACCUAAUUGCCGAUCUCCUCCACUCUUCCUACCACUCCAUCCCCCACAGUUAUUUCCUCCUGUACCACUAUCCCCUCCCUCC